GCAUUUUAGGUAUUACACAAGUGAGUUGCAAAGUUUUUAAUCUGCACUAAUUGGAACCAACUAGAUCUUAUCUGGACAGUUUUAUCUUUCAGUCUUCUUACUGAAAUUGGUUUUCCUUUUAUAACUAGAUCUCCAAGCCAAUAAAUCCAAUUUCGCUCCAUGAUUUCUAUUGUAUUUAUCUUGAAAACUGAAUUUGGGGUGUUUCAAAGUGGGAUAUAAUGGGAGAAAUUCAUAUAUUUGCAUCGUAUUUGAAUCCGUUCACUAGCAAAGGUUUGUGUAUUUUAACUGUACUCCUUGGGAGUUUUGGUAAACAUAAAUAAGAAACAAGAAAUGAAUUAUUAUUUGAUUCUAGCUGAGUCCAGUAGGAAGCAUUUUUCUUUUUGAUGAGUUUCACAGCUUGAGCUAUCUGAAAAGACCCUAGUAUUUUAUUCUGUUUGUUCACCAAUCGGUCUUAGGGACAGCUCUGUGUUUACACUGUUUAUGGCUUUCAAGCUUGUAUUACUCCCAGGUAUAAACCUUUCCCAAGUUUUCCGGCCCAAUUGCAUAACUUCUGGACUCAGAGGUGGUUUAGCAUCUGUCGCUCAGAACGCUUUCUGUUUGUUUUCUUUUAGGUGAUUCUGAUCCUUACGAAGUAUUACCACACCGACAUGGGGAAAGUGCUGGAGAGUUCCUUGUGGAGAUCCUCAGAUUUUGGGACAUUAUACACCAAGUUGAAUUUACAGCCUGGAAUUGCCACUGUCAUCGAGAAUUUCUAUAUCUGCCCCACUAACAAGAAAAAGAUCAUUCUUGUGAGUUCUUCCCACAAUGACCUGGACCAGAAUCUUUUCAUUAGCACCGACGAAGCAGCAACCUUCCAAAAGCAGCCUAUUUCUUUCUUUGUGGAAAUGCUGAUCUUUCAUCCAAAGCAAGAGGAUAAACUGCUUGCCUACACCAAGGAGGGACAGCUCCAUGCGUCUAUUGACUUAGGAAUCAAAUGGACUCUCCUACAAGAACGUGUCUCGAAAGACCAUAUUUUUUGGGCUGUUGACGGAGUUGAUGGAGACCCAGACGUUGUUCAUAUGGAAAUUCAGGAUCCCGACGGAGAUGUUUACUAUAUGGCCUGCCCAUUGCAGAACUGUUCUGAUAAAGCACUGCAAUCGCCUUUUGCUGGAAGCAUCGACAAGAACUCCUUGACGGUCCAGGAUGACUACAUAUUCCUUCAGACCUCGUCAGCAAACCAAACAAAAUAUUAUGUCUCCUAUCUUCGGAAUGCGUUUGUACAGAUGAAAUUGCCAAAGUAUGCAUUACCCAAGGACCUACAAAUUAUCAGCACGGACGAGAGCCAGGUAUUUGUGGCCAUCCAGGAAUGGUAUCAGACCGACACGUACAACCUCUACCAGUCCGACCCGCAGGGUGUCUCAUAUUCCAUUGUGCUGGAGAACGUCCGGAGCACCAAGCAGCCGGAGGAGAACGUGCUGAUUGACAUUCUGGAGGUGAGGGGCGUCAAGGGAGUGUUUCUGGCCAACCAGAAAGUCGAUGGGAAGGUUGCCACCCUGAUCACGUUCAACAAAGGCCGCAGCUGGGCUUCCCUCACUCCCCCGGCCACCGAUAUGAACGGUAAACCGACCGACUGCAAAAUGCCUGAUUGUCACCUGCACCUGCACCUCCGCUGGCCAGACAACCCGUAUGUGUCAGGCAUGGUUCACACCAAGGACACGGCGCCAGGACUCAUCAUGGGGGCAGGAAAUUUGGGUGCCCAACUUGUGGAGUAUAAAGAAGAAAUGUAUAUAACUUCUGACUGUGGCAAGACCUGGAGACAGGUUUUUGAGGAAGAGCAUCACAUCCUGUACCUGGAUCACGGUGGAGUGAUUGUGGCCAUCAAGGACACCUCCAUUCCGCUGAAAAUACUCAAGUUCAGCGUUGACGAAGGUCAAACCUGGAGCACUCACAAUUUCACCAGUACCUCGGUUUUUGUGGAUGGCCUUCUCAGUGAACCCGGCGACGAGACUUUAGUCAUGACAGUCUUUGGACAUAUCAGUUACCGCUCAGACUGGGAGCUCGUGAAGGUAGAUUUCCGCCCAUCCUUUUCUCGAGAAUGCACUGAUGAAGACUAUGAAUCAUGGGACCUAACAAAUCUACAGGGUGACCGUUGCAUUAUGGGUCAGCAGAGGAGUUUUCGGAAGAGGAAGAAUUCCUCAAGAUGCAUUAAGGGAAGAAGCUUCAUGUCGGCACUCACUUCCAAAGUGUGCGAAUGUAGCCCUUCCGAUUUCUUAUGCGAUUAUGGGUUUGAGCGUUCCACUAAAUCGGAAUCUGACACAUGCUUUGCUGAAUUCUGGUUUAACCCCGACGCUCCUCCCGAAGACUGCAUCUUGGGGCAGUCCUACAGAAGCAGCACGGGUUAUCGCAGAGUCAUCUCCAAUGUCUGCAUGGGAGGCGUGGACUUGCAGCAAAACGUUUCUCAGCACCUCUGUCCGCUAACUGCACCCAAAGGAUUGCAGAUACUCAUCAAAGGGGGCAGCCCGGCCGUCAGACCUGGGGAAGACGUCACUUUCCUAGUGAAGCAAGAGCGGGGAGACAUUUUGAACACCAAAUACCAGGUGGACCUUGGCGAUGGUGUUAAGGCAACGUACAUGAACCUCACCUUGACGGGCGAGCACAUUCAGCACCGCUACGCAAAUCCCGGCGUUUACCGUGUCUCCGUUGUGGCAGAGAACGCUGCUGGCCGAGACGAAGCGGUUGUGAUCGUCCAGGUCCAUCCUCCACUGCAGGCGUUGCAUCUGGAGGUGCUUCCCGUGGUCAGCAGAAACCAAGAGGUGAACCUCACAGCUCUCAUCAUGCCAAGGAACCCCAACUUUACUCUCCUUUACUGGUGGAUCGGGAACAAUCUUCAGCCACUCCUUUCCCUGGACAAUUUCCUGGUAACCAGUUUUGCAGAGGAGGGAAAAGUCAGGGUGACUGUCCAGGCUUCCUGUGGGAACUCCAUGCUUCAGGAUUCCAAGAUCAUCCAGGUUCUGGAUCAUUUCCAGGUGCUUUCUCUAAAGUUUUCCGAAUAUCUGGACUUGUACAACCCAAGCAUCCCAGCCUGGAGAGAAGACAUUGGCCACGUGGUAACACAACGAAUCGCAAAGGAAACCAGCAUUCCUGAAGAAUACCUCGUGACUGUGGUCAAACCCGGGCGACCCACGACAGCAGAUUUACACGUGCUUCUCCCCACAAGCCACCCGAAAAAGAAGAGGGCCGUGUCUGCUGAUAAGAGAAUAGCUGCUAUUAAGCAAUCUUUGAAUGCCCAUAACAUCAGUUUCUUCAUGAGAGGCGGACGAUGGGUUUUGGUUACCCUAGAUAGCUCCAACUCAGAUUCCCAGCGCACUGGAGGAGGCGGCGGGUACUGGACCAUGGUGGUGCUUUUCCUCUUCUCCUUGGUGGCUGCGGGAGCUCUCAUCUUCUACAAGUUCAAAAGGAAAUUACCGGGCAGAAACGUCUAUGCCCAGAUGCAGAAUGAAAAGGAGCAAGAGAUGACCAGCCCCGUAAACCACCGUGAGGACACCCAGAAUAUCAUCCAGGGGGAAGAAUUCAUUGACGACGACCUCGAAUGCCAAACGCUGGGCAAUGCCCGAGGAUUUCAGUGUGCACACAGUAGCUGCGUCUGUGGAGGAAGCGCUGGGUCUUCUGGCUUCUGAACCACAGGAGAAUGGGUCUUUCCGUUACCCUGAAUGGCCCUACACAUUCAGCGAGGCACAAGACGAGAUGCGAUGCUCUUCACUGGGUUGGGGUGAUUCAGGUCAUGCCCCAUGUGAGACCGUUGUCCCUUCUGGCAUUGCUUCUCCUCAUGACUCCGGUCAGCUGGUCCAUCUUCUGCUUUGUCCUGGGGUCCGCCUCCAUUCAAUGUGAUAGAGUUGCUUAAGCGGUCUACGGCUUAAUCUCCAUGUAUUGAUUAUUCUUUGUGCCUUUGCUUCUUAGGUUUCCUUCAUUCCUUCCCCCCAGCAGUUUGCUUUCUUUUUAUAAUUUGUGUGCCUGAAUACCUUCCAUGGCUAUAAAGUAGGAGAGCUGGAUCUCUCUUUUCUCCUUCCUGAAACUGGGGGCUGUCCUUACACACGAGGUGCAAACUUCCAAAUAUUCUUCCGUGCUGAAUGCUCCUGGGAAGAGAGCCCUGAACAGUGGAAGAAUGAGUAGUUACUAAGAGGGAUUUUUGGAAGAUGUUGUCCACUUUUAAUGACCUUUCCCAAUUUUACUUUAAAAAGAAAUUCCUUUCAAGUAGCAAUUGGAGGGAGGCAAUAACGGAGCCCCCUGUGAUGCAGGGUCAGUUCGACUCUUUGGAGAAUAGGAAGAGCCAUCUGUACUCCGUGUGAGCUACAAAAAGGGGCAGAUCCCAAAAAUACCUUUCAGAUGGAAUUGGGAGGGUUGCUGGGCAGUGUGAAGGAAGUGGGUUUUAAUUUCUCAAAGGUCAGUGCCGGUCGUCAUGUGUCCCCGUCAAGAAGGUCCAAGGUUGACCAAGUCAGUGCAGCACAGUCUGUUGAUGUUCCCCCCAGGUACUUACAGGGGGCAGCUUUCCAGGUUUGCCAAAGACCCAAGGCAAACUAAGUUGGAGGGGAGAGAUCUGGGAAGCAGGCCUUCCUGCCUGAGAGUAAUGUGGGCCAGCUGCAGCUCUGGAAAGCUCAGCAAUGCUCUUUCUGGAAGAGAGAGCCCUUCCUGCCCAGUGCUUCUCAGGACCGCUCCCUCGCAACCGGGUGCGGCUCGGGAAGCCCGCUUCAGCAAGCACUCGAGGAAGAAGUAGGCGCAAAGCUUUACCCAUGUUUUGAAGAUCUCCCAGACGGGGUAACCGGUGGACCAUUUCUCUUGCAACUUUUGGUUGUACUUAAGAGUCCAGGCAGAUGGAUGGUUUUCCCGGUUCUUUCUCUGGGCUGCUGUAAUGUUUAUAACAGCUUCUUUUUGGAGGUCCCCUUUGGGCUUGCAGCUAUUUAUUAUGAUGUGAUAAACAGAGAUUGGUACAAAGGUGCUCGAUCAACUGUGGUCCAGUUUCAUACCCUUCCUGGUGGGGAUCCCCUUCCGGCGGUGAGAGCGGUAGAGGGCGCCCCCUUUCAUGUCAGAUCUGCAUUGGUUGAGGAAGGCCCGCUGCACUGAUGCCCCCCCGGGCAGUGCCUGCUCCCCCAGAAAUGGGGAGGCAGCCAUGCAGGUGUGGUGCCUCUGCCUCCAUACCCUUCCACAGGAGCCUGUUGUUCGUCUCAUGAAGACACCCCCACCUGCGUUUAUUCGAGGGUCUGCAGAGGUGUCCAGCGAGUGCAGGUCCUGCCUGCCUGCGAGGGGCAAUGAAGAGCAUUGGCACCCUGCAUUCGGGGAUGCGAUCCAGGCGAAGGAGAGGCAUAUACCCAUGUGGAGAGAGAUGCUGCCCAGACUUUGCGGAGUCUCUCUGCUCAUAAUUAGGAGCACUUGCCAUGGCAAUGCUUAGUUGGGAGUAAUUUUGAGCACCUCAGAAUAGCGGAAGGAGAAGCGUUUCAGGGUUCAGUUACUUCAUUUUCUAGCCUAGCUCCUCCCAAAGAGUGGCAGCCGGUAACAAAUCAUUUAAAGUGGGGAGGGGGGACAGAGCGAGAGCAGAAGAUAUGCAGAAAGAUAAGGCAAGUCUGUGCCCACUCAGCACUUGCUGCUGAAUUCCAGCCGUUCAGAAGCCGCUCUGAUGCGGCACUCGCCCGAGCCAAGCAACACGGAACGGCUCCCCAGAGCGGGUUGUCCCAGUCGAGAAGUGGGACGCACGCCGCCCCCCGGAGUCGACCCCAUUUACCUGGGGGGUUCCAUGCUGUACAGAGAGCGACCACGGGGCUGCAGGCAUGCCCCAGGCGUGCGCAGCCCCCUCUCCGCGCCCCCAGCCCUGGACGGGGGCAGGCGUGGCCGCGGUGGGCUUGACACUGGCUGGGCGCCGGUGUAGGCCAGCUCUCCCCGUUCAUCCUCUCGUUGAGCAGUUCCCUCCGGAGAAGCUCUGCCACGCUGCGGAGGGGGACCCGAGGGGGUUGCGUGAGGCUCCAUGUGUGCCCGGAGGGCCUCGUCCUGCGGCCGCGGGCAGGCGGGCCGCUGUGCGUGCAGAGUGGCUCAGCAGAGCCUGGUGCUCUCCCCUCUCUCCUCGUGAUGUUGCAAGUUGUGCGAUGGCAUGUUUCCAGACUCACCCAUCCACUUCUUUUGUUUUUGUAUAUUUUAUGUUGCCUCCUUUCUCGUCACCCCGCCUCGGGACUCCACACCAUUUCCUUGCAGUGGCUCCUUCGGGGCGAGGCGGAAACCUGAAGUGCUACCGAGUCCCCUUGCUCCUGCUGGCACUCAGUGCCCAGUCCCAGGCAAUCUCUCAGGCGUGGUUCUGAGCAUUAAUUCCAGGGAGACGCACAGUUACAGCUGAUGCUCCCAACUGAACACGUAGACAAGACUCUUCCAGUGUUGGGCUCCUCCUCUCCCCCCGGAAGAUCCCACCACCAGUGGGAAGGAGAUGCUUAGCUUGUCCUGGAAACAGACGCCACCACGUGUUGCUUGGAGAAAAGGGGGAUACACUUUGUCUUUAUGGCUGUUGACCUUUUUUUUUUACACCUCAAACUAAGCUAGUGGAUCUGAAGCCUUUGGCACCCUUUGCAGCCCCUUUCUCUGUCUCCGGUGACCCCGUAUUUCUCUACGUUCUUUUAAUCAAAUGCAUCCUGUGCUUCGCUCACGGUGACGGUGCCAAGCGGAAAGCUGCGAUUCCUGAACAGUGAAGGCAGGUUUGGCACAAGGGGCUCGUGGGAUGAGGAGUCGAGGAGCACGGGGGAUUUGUCUGGGCUGAAAGAACUGCUCUCCGCAUGGAGAGGGCUGCCGUCGAGAGACCUUCUGGUCGCACCCCGCGGGGCGGCUCGCAGCGUCUGUGUACGAGGACCAGGGUGUGAGAGACGCCUCACCGCUUCCUGCUUCCACCAGGACGAAGACGCCUGCCCUUCCGGACGAGGCCACCGCAAGACCAGCCGGUCACUCACAGCCCGCAUAAUCACACAGCACGCAGCCCGUGCUGCCUCACCUUCUUUUCGUGUCCAGAACAAGUGUAAUUACAUUUUUUUAAGUUUCUGUAAUCCUUUUUUGUAUCUUUUUAAACUUUCUAUUUUUAUAGCUAUGCAAGUAUUCCUGUCUCAGGAUAGCGCUGUCAACGCGGUGGAUUUGGAACUUGCUUUUUUCUUUUUGCCUGUUUCUACCGUGCGGCUGAACAAACGAAAAAUGUCACUGCCUUGGAUGUGUUUGACAAUCUGGGGAAUUAAAUCAAUUCCACUGCAACGGUUGCACUUUCUCACUCUGACCUGACCCCUGGGCCCCACGCCUCCUUCCUCAGACUGGAGCUGAGUGAGAAUCGACUCUGUGUAGGCAGGACAAUUGUCUCGCAUCCGUGUUGAUGUUCUUGGAGAGCCGUGUGAGUUUAUUUUGGUGUCCGCUUGUGGAACCCCCAUAGUUUCACUGAGGAAGAAUCGCAGGAUUGCAGCCAGACUGGCGGAGUCGCCGUGAGUCGUGCGUCGGGCCCGGACGACAGAGCUCCCUGGCAUGGGCGCAGUGCGCAGCCUCGUGACUGCCUUGCCCCGUGGCCCUGAUGCUCUCCAGAGAGGGUUGCGGAGCACUGGCAGACGCGCAGGCCCUGAAUACGAACCACGGUGGCGACACUCGUUUGCGUUGGACGACCCUGUUGCCGAGGUGCCAACUUAUUCUUUCUGCAGAAAGCUCAGUCCGUUUUGUCCCGUUCUUCUUGUCCUCUUCCGAACACUGAAGAAUAUCCUGCAGAACUACUUCAUCAAGCACAAACACGCUGGGGCGUGACUCUCCAAGCGGUCGAUGACACGGUGUAGGUGGGCGGCACAUGCCGUCUUGGUUGCCUUCUGCUCAGGGUCUCUGCCAGCUUUCCCCCCUGUGGCAAAUACCCUGCGGCUUCGCUUGGAGAAGAGCGACGUUCCCAGCUGCCUUUCUGGGGCAGAGGACGAAGAAAACAGCAGUUGAGAAAACAUGGACUCCAAGAUUUGCCAUGCAGCCUCUCCGGUUUGGAAUGUCCUGACUCGUUGCACUACAGGACUGGACUCUUCCCGUUCAUCGCAUCACGACAACAUCCGGGAUACGUGGCCAAAAACCUGACCUCUGGGCAAUUCUGAGAAGCACCCUAGAAACCUGUGGGAGCAGCAGGUCACGUGGCCCAGGGCCCGCCUGCCUGCAAAGAAUAAAAGACCGAAGAGUGAAAAAGCGCGCGCUGGUCUGUCCCAGCGUAACGGACCCUCACUGCCCCUUGCCGUUACUCAGAAAGCUUGCUGGCGAAGGGCAUUGAUGGCCAGCCGAAUAUUAGACAACCUGUCCAGGUGAAAGAGACGGAAGAACUGUACUGUGCCUGCUAAAGACAGGGCAGGUCCAUGAGGAAUCCGUGCCGUCAGCGGAAGAUGCAUGCAGCUGAGCCCCAGGGUUUGUUAACAUCAGGAUAUGAGGCCAAGAUUUUGAAUCCAUUUCCUAUCAUCGGUUUUUCCAGGGAAAAUCCCCCUCCAAGUUCCGGAAGCUUGUUUACCUUCUCAAUGCUGCUUUCCAUUAAAACACAAUUCCAAACCAUUGGAAUUCCAUCGCACACUCUUUUGCAUAAACUUUACCUUGUUCCCAGACAGAGAUGGCAUCUCAUCCAGGCACGAAACUGGAUCUUCCGCCUGCCCAAGGGCAAAGAUCUUUCUCAAAUUUUAUUGUCCAGGAGUUUGCAGAUGGGCUGUGCUCCUAAUUUCUCAUCUCCUCCCCGCCGCACAAGGACCUAAUGCCAGGAUUUGUGCCUACGCUUUUGGUGUAGAAGGACUUAGUCCAUGGCAUACGGAAGCAGCAUCUUCUGGAGAUAUGCUUAGAAAUGAGCGGCGAGAUGCCGUAGGCGCUUUCCAUGCGCAGCAUUCCACGUGUCUCUCUGCAGGGACCCACAAACUCCCUCGCCCUGCCUUGAAGGGAUUCAGGUCUGCACACACGACUUCUGAGCCUCCACAUUGGGAGCGAACCUGGAGCUCUCCGGAAGGGGCUGGUGGACAGAGCAUCCGUUCCUCCUGGGAGAUGGCGGCUGACAUUCCAGCCCUCGUUUCCAGCUGAGGGGGCUGCGAACACGUUCUCCGCACUGCCCGAGGAAAGCAUGGAAGGAGAGCAAGCGAGGGCCAGACCCGCCUACAAGGUGGACACGCCCCUCCACCUUGGGCGUCUGGACCUCUCCCUGCCUCUGGCUUCCCUCAGCUUUUCCACAUCCCCGGGUCUGUCUCCAAACUCUCUCCUCAAGUGGCCCUCCUACCUGUCAGGAGAGAGAGGUCAUUCUGGGCUGGAAAACGGCUUUAUGGGUGCCUUGCGUGAUGGGGAGCUCUUCCCAUGGUGCUUUGCUCCUGUGCGCUUCUGCUUGAGUGCUGCUGGCCGCCUCAGGAAGGUGGUGGGGUCCCACCACCUGGCCACCACCUGGCCUUUCCUUGAGACCUGCUCCUGCCUCAGGCUCCUGCCGUCCGUGCUCUCUCCCCUCUGCCCCAUUUCUUCACUUUUCUCACUCAGCGCAUGGAUUGCGACUCCGCCGCGGUCACAGAGCCCCACAAAAGGCCUCUCGAUCUCCUCCCUUCCCAGGUCUUGGUGGCCAUCUUGGACGCCUCUCUCCCUGCCUGUGCUGGAGUGUGCCACCACUCCCCCCCCAUGACCUGGCCCUCACAACCCCCUUUCCAUUCCCCCCGACACACGGUGCCUCAGCACUCCAGUCCAGCUUCUCCCGUGGCCCCAUUACUGCCCUCACGUUGAACUCGUGGGUGGCUGCUUUGCUGCCCGGCCCCUCCCGCUUCCCUCGUUCCACACUCCGGCUUCCUCUGCCUUCGCUCAGCUGGCCCCCUUCUUGCCCGUUUAACGCCCUGUUUGCUGCUCUCUUCUGCGCUCUCCGUUCUCAUACAUUUUCACCACAUCCACCGAUGACCUCAAUAGCUGUGCCCCGUCUCUGAUGCCAACCUCGCCCCCAUUUUUCAGGAGCCUGGCAGCAAGCUCGAUGGCUUCUCUCCUUAAAACUUCUUAAAGCCUUGCCCCCCCUCGACCCACCGAGGGGAGACUCUGGCUCGGAUCAUGGAUUGCCCUCCCAGGAUCUCUUCCUUGGUUUCCUCUCCGCUCCGUGCCCCUUGCCUCCAGACCCUCCGCAGCGCUGCCUCCCCCGAUCUCCCUUCCCUUAUAUCCCAGUGGGACUGUUCACACAACAGCUCAACACACUAUUCAACCACAGUGCAGCCUCAGUAGAAGCCCGGUGCAAAUGGCCGCCAUCCUGAAUGCACCAACACCACGGCCUAUUUUAGAGUUGUUCCUCCCAUGAGCAUUAUUCUGAAAAGAUUCGUGCCAUACGAGCGACACCACCAGGCAGGCGCUGAUGCUGUGGGAGAAGCAUCUCCUGCUUGCCACCUGGGGCCUCGGAGGUGCGCCAAUUCCACCCGCAGCCCAGCCCCCCUCCCCCCCCAGGGGCCAAAUCCAGAGGACGAGAAGCAACCGUCUGAGGUGGUGUGUUCCACCUGGUGCCUUCCAUGGGGUGCUCAGGGCCUCCAAGUCUGGCGCUUGCAGGCAUCUGCUGCAGGGACUCUCGGACCGCACUGCUCUCCAUCAUGGGCUCCCUGCGUCUCACACGUGGGCUUUGCUGUGGCCACAGCCGUCCGCUUGUCCCUCCCUGGCCAUCAGAGGUAAACCUCGCUGACUCCGGCUGGGCCCGCUCCCGGUCACCCCUGGGAACGGCCACCUUUGCCAGGUCGGCAUUUCUGGCCCAGCCGUGCCAUGAAAAUAAUGCCCGUCUCCGCUUGGGAAGGUGCUCAGCCGCCAGCGCGCCAAGCUGGAUGCCCUCCUCUUCCAGCGAGCUGCCUUCAGAGCCUGCAUUUCAGGGGUUCAUCCUGCCAGCGCCCUGAGCAAGAUGCUUUGCUUGUCGUGAACGGUCGGCGCUGUGGGGCGCUGAGCCCUCUUGGACGUCCCUUCUUACGAAGGACUCCUUAGCGCAGUCGGUGCCUGACAAGGGUUCGGAGGAUCACUCUCCAAAGUGGCUGCUUUCCAGGCAGGAGAGUGAAAGGGGGGCUUUUCCCCUCGGACCCCUCCCUUCCCAGGAGCCUAACCUGUUCUCACACGGACAUUCGUCAUCCUAUUUUAUUUAAACUACAACAUUAAUGGCCAAUGUUGAUAAAAAUGGGAGGGGAGAGGGUCCUUUUAAUCCGUGCCCUGAUAUCGGCUGUGGUCUGUGCAGCCCCCUGCAUCGCAUUGCUACCCUCCCCUUUUCUGCUGUGCCCUUUGGGCCCCCAAGAUCCUUGCAGCUGCCUUGCACCCAGGCACGACCCAAAAACCAAACAGCCUGACCUGAUCUCGGCCCUUGCUUCACGCUUUUGGAAUUCCCCGCCCCGGGAGCUUGGCCAGAACUCUGCCCUGAGCACACUGAGGGGGCUUGGGUGAGGUCCGGGGAGGCUGGGGGGCCUCGUGCUGUUCCUUUCGGUGGGAUGGGGGCACACCCAGCUUCUCUGGAGCACAUCCACUGCAUGUGAAUACUCCUUGGCAAGCUUCCGGCAUGAGACGGGUGUGUUUGGAUGGACGCUGCUUUGCUUCGCUAAGCCUUUUUCCCCACCCUGAGUCUUUGGAGCCUCAGUCAUAACUGUGUGAUGAGACGAAUGAAAUGCAGACCUCUAAAAAGAACGUGUAACGGAAUCUGAGAUGAGAAUGGCCAGGCAUUCGCUCAUUCUGCCUGUCCUGCGAAGUGUUCUCAAAGGUCUUGGGACUUCAUGGAAGGAAGGAGCGGGGCGGAGAGGGGAUAUUUGCAAAUUGCUGAUCAGGCGUUGCAGCUUCGCUUUUGCUCUUUCGCUUUUUGGUCUUGCCACCAGUGUUACUGAGAAAAGACCCUUCUAGGAGACCCCUUCCUUAUACCCAGGUGGCUUCCAGAGGAGGGCCUCUGUCGAUUUCCUUAAGGUCUGGCUGGGCAGGUGUGUAGGGGAGGCAAUCUCUGGGAAACCCUAAGACCAGUGUUCCCUUUAGCGUUUCUCUCACUGAACUUUUCCGGCUUUUCCCUGUCUAAGGAAAGGAAAGGAAAGGAAAGGAAAGGAAAGGAGAAAGGAAAGGAAAGGAAAGGAAAGGAAAGGAAAGGAAAGGAAAGGAAAGGAAAGGAAAGGAAAGGUGCAUCUCUUCUGUAGCACCGACUUCUGCACCAACUCAGAGCUUCCAGGAUCAGGCCAUGACAGUCUGAGCUGCCAUCCCAGAAACCUGUGCUUGGACUUCGGUCUUCUUCAGGUCGCGUGGAUUGCCAGCCUGCAGCGCAUCAGUGCGGUUACGCUUUCCGUGCCUUUCCUUCAUCCAGAGCAUUGAGGGUUCAGUGCUUUGUCCGAGGAAGAACAUCUGCUCCACCCGGGGAGCCGAGGAGCUUCCCUCCGGCUGCGGAGCGUCGGUUAUGUUGAGUGAGUGAGGAGACAGGGCAGAUUCUCCAGGAAUGGGCGCCCCUGGGGAAGGGCCUCGAAAAGCGCCAUUUGCUGCCGGAAAAGAAUACACGGUGCAAGCGGUACGGAAGCACCUGGAACCACGGCCACCUUGGUUUUGCCUUCCCGGCCCUCCGCCAUCUUAAGGAGAAAGGCUGGUGGGGAGAUGAGGAUCGCCUCUUGGCCUCUCGCCAUCGCCUCCACCUCCUGCCACUCAGGGGGGUCACUUGAGGGGGCCCUGAGCUUCACCGUGAGGGCCCCCCUGAGCCAUAUCACUGAGGGGAAACUUGGACCCCCGGACACAUCUCCAUGAAGCCUGCCCAGCGUAGCCAAGGGCGCGAGCUGAAGGACGCCACGGCGGGCCCACUCCUGCCUCUCAGCCCAUGGCGAACAAGCCCCCCCCUGCCCCCCCACAGCCGCAAUUCCGUCCAGGAGCGCUGCUUUUCCCGGACAUGCUCCUGGACCCUUGCAGGAGAGUCUGGCUGCCGUUCCUCUGGCUGGGCUUCCUCCGAGCUGCUCGCCUGGGUGAAUGGGUGUGAUGCAGAUGGAUGCCAAGCCUGGCUGCAGGCCGCCCUCAGCCUGGCGUGUCGCCCCGGUGCUUGGCAAGCCCAGCCGGGAGGCCCUCUUCUGCGCCAGCCGCAGUCGCUCAGGGCGAGGGGCCAGUUGGAGCCGCCUGUCCUCGUCCAAGAGGCAUUCGGCGCCUCUCACGCCCGUGUCUGCCGAGGAGCAAGGCCUGGGCCCGGAGUUGCGAGUCCGUGGCUGGGCUUGCGUUGGCUGGGGGCUCCCCCCAACGCACCUCCAUCUCCUCUGCUGUGUGGCUCGGGCCCCCCAGGCCCUCCGCCUGCACGAGGCCCCGGAGCUCCUGCGCGCUGCCUCUUCCCCCGAGCUGGGGAAGGACGGCUGCCGUCCGAGGGACGGGUGAGUCGGGCUGCCCCCUUCCCUCUGUGGCCCAAGGCCUGGUCUUGCUCUGAUGUGAUUUAUCUGGCACAGGGAAUCCCACCUCUUGGGCAUGGCUGGGAAGCAUUGGUCGGCCCCCUGGCCGGCCAGCAUAUUCUUGCGGAAAGUUGCGGCCGAUUCCUGGCCACGGGUUCCAUGCGAACUGCAGCUUCAAAGACCAGAGCCGCGUCCACCUUCCAUCAGUGGGUCAUUUAAGCCUGCUCUCUCGCACACUCGAUUCAUCCCCGAUUGUCCUUCCACGUGCGCACUGGUGUCGGCUGAUGCAUCUGGCGUGCCGUUCGCCAAACACAAGGCAGGCGGUGCCACGGGGACGGGCCCAUGGGCGGGUCGCCGUGCCCUCUCCGUCGCAGCCAGUGGGAUGCUUACUGCAGCAGUGGUGUCGCUCUGGGGGCUGAUUCGGGUUGCACUGGCCCCCGCUCUCUCCAAAGCAAGACUUGGCAACUCGGGGGGGCCUACAAGGCCUUUUGGCUGCCUGAGCCACGGCUCACGGGGGUGCAAAAAAAUACCACAUUCUUCAAAAUGGCCUGCAACCCCUGGACCCCAAAAAACCGCCGUGCAUUCCCACACGUGGCCAGCGGGCCGUGUGGUCCACACACUCCAUGCUCAAGAACAUGCUUACACCUCUGCACACUUCAUUAAAGGCUUCCCACCUCUGCGCGCAGCCCUCCCGCUCUGGAAACCGUUUCGGAGGCAGGCCACGGAAGUGUAACUUGCUUUGAAGUAUCUGAUGCUUCUAGGAGCACGAAAACCCCCUUUCUUAGUGUGGAUUUUUUCUCGGAUCCCAAACCCCACUUGACUCGUUCGAAGGCAUUUGUUCCGUCACACUCACAAGCUCCGAUCUUUUGUGUCUGCUUUGCCUCGCAUUUUUACGUGAAAAUGCCCGCUUUCCGAUUUCUAUUUUAGAUAACUCUACCCGAGUCUCUUUGUAAACAAAAGGGGUCAUAACGGUCAAAACGAAUCGGAGGGUGGUUGGGGUGCAGGAGCCUGUAUAUUUUUGUAUAUAUAUGCAAAGAUGAAAUGGCAAUUUUGUAGUGACGUGGUCUGGUUUUGAAAAACAGCAGCAAAUAUGUUUGAAGAGGCUUUAUGUUAACACUUAACUGUGGUUCAAUUGCACAAUCCGUAGUUCAGUCUCUAGAACCGAGACGCGGAAUUAGUAUCCGCUACAGAUUUGACAAGGAAGUAUUUAUAAGCUGCAACAUGCAGCUUUUUCUCUUUCAAAAUAUGUAGCCGGACAACUACUGUACCCAAAGGAAUGCGUUUGUUCCGAGAAAACUGUACCACAAAAUUUCCUUCAUUAAAAAUCAUUUGACACUC